CACCCCUUCUAAAACCUCAUAGUAAAAUAUUAACCCCCAAUUCCGCCCGCUAAGUUCGCUCCGAAUCUUGAUUUUCCAGGGGGUGACGGGUCAUCAUUCGGUCAAACUAAACACUUCGAUCUCAGCCCAGUUCCUUUCCGCCCGCCCACCCACUCGCCCAAGCAAUUGCAGAAUCAGCGUAUAUAUAUUUCAAUUCCAGUCGUUGUAUAUCUGGAGAGCGAGAAGCAGAAGAGGAGAUUAAGGGGAAAAGGACGCCGUAAAAUAUGAAUAUGGGUCGACCCGAGCCAUGUGUGCUCUUCGCCCAGACAUUCGUUCACCCUACUCUCGACGAGUACGUCGACGAGGUAUUGUCACCUGCCUGUUUUUUUGCGGAGCCUGUAGUUGUCACUGCUUGUGAGUUUCUUGAACAGAAUUCUUCAUCAAUUGCAUAUGCAGUCACCUUAGUUGGGACCUCUUCUCCUCCUUCCUUUGCUUUGGAGGUUUUUGUUCAGUGUGAAGGAGAGACAAGGUUUAGGCGGCUUUGUCAGCCAUUUUUGUAUUCACAUUCUUCUUCAAAUGUGCUUGAAGUUGAGGCUAUGGUAACUAGUCAUUUGGUUGUAAGAGGCAGCUAUCGUGGCCUAAGCUUGGUCAUAUAUGGGAAUACAGCAGAAGAUUUAGGUCAGUUUAACAUAGAAGUUGAUCUAGAUAGCUCUUUGACACAUACUGUUAGUGCAAUUGAGGGAGACCUUGAAGACCUUCCCCCUGCACUCUGCCCAACCAAUUUGACAAUUGAGGAAUCUCUAUCUACCUUGAAUAAGUUAUCUUUCAAAGUUGCAAGAGUUGAUAUUCCUGUCGAACACAAGCAGUUUUUACAACUGAUGUUUAAGCUUUUGGAGUCUCAGAAUCUUGGAGCUGCCACAGAUACCGUUAUUAGUUCAAUGCUAUCGGCAGCCCUAGUACAUGCAACGCCUAACUUGUAUUCUACUAUUAUCGAUCAGAAACAUGUUGGGAUGGAUAAAUUCAGAGAUAAUGGAGGAUUUGAUGAUGUCCUUAAUGAAGCUAGAAAGGAACUUAUGGAUGUCUAUAAAAGCUUUAAGCAAGGAGGGUAUUUCCCUGCUGAAUCUUCAACUGAGAAUAUGUCUUUUGAAUCUGAGGCUGAUAUGCCUACUUCCAAACAACUGGUGGACUUGUUGAGCUUAUACUUUAAGUUUGGUAGUAACCAUGAAAUUGCUGCAAAUCCUGUGCGUUCGAAGCAUAAGAGUGCCGUACUGUGGCUUAGUGUAGCUCUUUUGCUGUGCUCUGGUCGAGAGAGCUGCUUUCACUUUGUUAGUAGUGGUGGUAUGGAGAAGCUUGGUCAUGUUCUCAAUCAUGUCAUUCAAAACUCUCUUACUCUUAAGUUGUUGUCACUUGCUGUUGUUGAGCAAGCUACUCGGCACUCAAUUGGCUGUGAAGGAUUCCUUGGCUGGUGGCCUCGGGAAGACGAAAGUGUCCCUCCUGGCACCAGUGAAGGCUACAAUCAGUUACUGAAGUUUUUGUUGCAGAACCAGCGCCAUGAUGUUGCUUCUCUUGCUACUUACAUACUUAAUCGUUUGCGUUUUUAUGAAGUUGCAUCUAGAUAUGAGUGUGCAGUAUUAUCUGUUCUUGGAGGUCUUUCCACGGCAGGUCAUAUUACAAGUGUCACUUUGGACAUGCUUACUGGAGCUAAAUUCCAACUCAAGAAGCUCACUAAAUUAAUAAACUUCCAUGGCCCAAUUGAAGAUCCUUCUCUGGUGGCUCGUGCAAGCAGCACUUUGAUUCCAUGUGAUGUUGGAUCAUUGUCAUAUAAAGCAACUAGCACCUUUAUUAACCAGUCAAAUUGUUGUUUUUCAAAGUGGGACACUGAUCCACAUUUGCUUCUGCUGCUUAAGGAGAGAGGUUUUCUCCCUUUGUCUGCAGCUUUUCUUUCGUGUUCUAUAUUACGUACAGAGACAGGGCGUGUAGUGGACUUGUUUAUGGAUAUUGUGUCAUACAUUGAGGCAAUUAUUCUUUCACUCCUCUUCAGCCGCUCAGGGUUGACUUUUCUUCUAUGUGAUCCUGAAGUGUUAACUACAGUAAUUCGUGGCCUAAGGGGUACAGAUGAUUGGAAUAAGGAAGAAUCGGCUUCUUUACGCUAUGCAUCCGCCUUGAUAUCUAGGGGAUUCUUUUGUCAUCCACAGGAAGUUGGAAUUAUCGUUGAGACACAUUUGAAGGCUAUUGUUGCUAUAGAUCAUUUAAUCACAUCUACCCCAAACACUGAAGAAUUUCUGUGGAUAUUGUGGGAGCUAUGCGGUCUUUCUCGGUCUGAUUGUGGACGCCAGGCUUUGUUGGCUUUGAUACAUUUUCCAGAGGCUCUAUCAGUUUUGACGGCUGCAUUACAUUCUGUAAAGGAGUUGGAUCCAGUUUCCAUGAAUUCUGGAUCUUCACCAUUAAAUGUCGCAAUCUUCCAUGCUGCAGCAGAGAUUUUUGAAGUCAUUGUUACUGAUUCAACUUCAUCUUCCUUGGGUUCUUGGAUUGACCAGGCUAAUGAACUUCAUCGGGUGUUACACUCCUCUUCUCCUGGGUCCAAUAGAAAAGAUGCUCCUGCAAGGCUUCUGGAAUGGAUUGAUGCUGGUGUAGUAUACCACAGAAAUGGAUUUAUUGGGCUUCUGCGUUAUGCUGCUUUAGCUUCUGGAGGAGAUGCACAUAUGGCGUCAACAAGCAUUUUUGGAUCUGAUAUGAUGGAUGUGGAAAAUGUUGUCGGAGAAGCUCCUUGUAGUUCUGAUGGUAACGUCAUUGAUAACCUUCUGGGAAAACGCAUAACUGAUAAGGACUUUCCUGGUGUCGUACUUCGUGACUCUUCUAUCGUUCAGCUGACUACAGCAUUCCGGAUUCUGGCAUUCAUUUCAGAUAAUUCGGCUAUUUCUGCUGUACUUUAUGAUGAAGGCGCUGUAAUGGUUAUCCAUGCUGUUUUAAUUAACUGUAAAGUCUUGCUGGAGAGGUCCUCCAACAUUUAUGAUUACCUUGUAGAUGAAGGUACUGAAUGCAAUUCAACUUCAGAUUUAUUGCUGGAACGCAACCGUGAACAAAGCAUUGUUGAUCUUUUGAUACCUUCUUUGGUACUGCUGAUUAAUUUGCUGCAGAAAUUGCAGGAAGCAAAGGAGCAGCACAGGAAUACAAAACUAAUUAAUGCACUUCUACAGUUGCAUCGAGAAGUGAGUCCGAGAUUGGCUGCGUGUGCAUUCGACCUGUCCUCUCCUUAUCCGGAAGCCCUUGGUUAAGCUGUUUGCCAUCUUAUUGUGUCAGCUCUAGCCUGUUGGCCUGUGUAUGGUUGGACUCCUGGCUUAUUCCUCUUCCUACUUGACAAUCUUCAUUCAACUUCAUCACUGGCGCUUGGUCCCAAGGAAGUUUGUAGUUUGUUUUGCUUAUUGAAUGAUCUAUUUCCCGAGGAAGGUGUCUGGCUGUGGAAGAAUGGGAUCCCAAUGUCAAGUCUCCUCAGAGCAUUUGCUGUGGGAACAUUGUUAGGACGUGAGAAGGAGAGACAGAUCGAUUGGUACUUACAGGCUGGAGUAUCUGAAAAGCUGCUAAGUCAGUUGACGCCACAGCUUGACAAAGUUGCGCAGGUUAUCCUGCAUUGUGCAAUCAGUACAUUGGUUGUAAUUCAAGACAUGAUUCGGGUCUUCAUUAUUCGUAUUGCCUGCCAUGGCACUGAUAAUGCUUCAGUUCUUUUGCGGCCUAUGAUAUCUUGGAUAUCUAAUCAACUUUCUGGACCAUUGGCAGUUGCAGACACUGAUUCAUACAAGGUUUACAGAUUGCUUGAUUUUCUUGCUCUUUUAUUGGAACAUCCACGUGCAAAGCCAUUGUUGCUGAGGGAGGGUGGCAUUCAGAUGUUCGUCAAAGUGCUUGAGAGGUGUAAUGUAGCUGCUACCUCAGAUGCCAAGCAGUUUCCAGAAGUCAGACAUGUAGCUAGAAAUGAAUUUUCAUGGCUUGCUUGGUGUAUCCCUGUAUUUAAGUCCAUCUCACUGCUGUGUGAUUGUCGGACAUCUUUGCCGCGCCCUGUAAUGCUAGACAGGCACAUUCCUAAAGAUGUAACUGCAGGGGAAUGUUUGCUGAUUUUGUCAUAUAUCCUUAAUUUGUGUAAGGUCUUGCCAGUUGGAAAGGAAUUACUUGCCUGUGUAUCUGCUUUCAAAGAAUUGGGUUCCUCUGCUCAAGGCAGAUCUGCAUUGUUAUCCAUUUUUCUGAAAGUUCAGCCAUUCAUUUUUGAGGACUCUGCAGUUGAGAGGAGUCGUGCUGAUGAUAGGGACCUCAAGAUUGUUAAUGCCUGUGAAUGGAGGGAGAGUCCUCCUUUGCAAAUUUGCUGGAGUACACUGCUAAUGUCAAUUGCUUCAAAUGAUGGUUCGCCAGAAUAUGCUGUUGAGACCAUUGGCCUAUUGGCCUCUGGUGCUUUACUCUUCUGCUUGGAGAGAGAAAGCCUGAACUUGGAGAGAAUUACUGCAACUAAGUUCCUUUUUGGGAUUGAGAAGGAUGGGUGUGGUACAGAUAGUUUUCUUGACGAAAGCAUGAAAUCACUUCAUGAACUUGCAAAUAUAUUGGAGCCAGAGGUAAUGGAAUCUGCAAGCUCUUUAUUACUUAUGUUGCAAAAGCCUACUCAUGCAGUAAAGGUCGAUGAUAUCAAGGCCAGUAUCCUUCCCUCGCAUCAAUUGCUGCAUCAGUUUCUACAAGGAUACAGAAUUGCCGAUAGUGGUGCUGAAAGGAUUGAGGACUAUGAUUUAGGUGAAUUUGGAGACAAAUUCUUAUGGGAAUGUCCUGAAAAUUUGCGUGAUAGAUUGACGCAGACAGGUCUUUCAAUGAAGCGGAAGAUUUCCUCACUGGAUGGGCCUAAUAGGCGUGUCAGAGCUGAUAAUGCCUCGACUGAAACUAUUGCUCAAAGUUCAUUUUCACGGGGCUCAGUUCCCCCUGCUACUUCUGGUCCGACUCGAAGGGAUACAUUUCGGCAGCGCAAGCCCAAUACCAGCCGACCUCCUUCUAUGCAUGUGGAUGACUAUGUUGCUAGGGAAAGAAAUGCUGAUGGUAACAAUAAUCCAAAUGUAAUUGCUAUUCCACGCAUAGGAUCCUCUAGUGGGAGACCUCCGUCUAUUCAUGUUGAUGAAUUCAUGGCCAGACAAAGGGACCGCCAACAUCCAGUGGGAAUGGCAGUUGCUGAUGCAACUGCACAAGUGAAAAGAACAGCUCCUGAAAACAAUAAAGAUGCAGAGAAGUCCAAUAAAUCUCGGCAACUGAAACCUGACCUUGAUGAUGAUCUUCAGGGAAUUGAUAUCGUUUUUGAUGCUGAGGAAUCUGAACCUGAUGAGAAGUUGCCUUUUCCUCAGGCAGAUGAUAAUCUGCCACUACCUGCACCUGUUGUGGCUGAGCAAAGCUCUCCUCACUCGAUAGUGGAGGAGACAGAGAGUGACUCUAACCUAAAUGCACAAUUGGCUUCUAAUAUGGAUGAGAAUACAAACAGUGAAUUUUCUUCAAUGAUGACAGUUUCUCGUCCAGGGUCAUUGGCUCGAGAACCAAGUAUUUCUUCAGAUAAAAAAUUUCCUGAUAAGUCAGAUGAUUCAAAGAGCUUCAUAAACAAGAUUUCCAGUGGUUUUGACUCAGCUGUGCUUGCAAGUAGUUCAGAGCUUUCUUCCUUGUGA